UGGGACAACCGGAAGUUUUCAUAUUAAGCGCUCUGUUAUUCAUUUUUUCAUUGGCUUUUAUGAGUGUUUUGGGACUAAUACGGGACGAAGUUUGUCCGUAAACCCGGGCCAGCCAUGUCGGAGCCCACGGUCCGAGUGUCGGGGAUCGUCCUGUCCUCGCUCAUGCUGCAGCACGCCAACAGCGACGCGGACGUGGAGGGUUUGUUGUUGGGAGAAAGUAGGUUUGAUGAGCAGGUCACCAUCACCGACUCCCAGUCUGACCACAUCCACAUUGAGGAAACACACAAUGUCCAGAAGCACAUCGCCUGCCACAGACUGAACACCCUGUACAGCUGCUCCGGGGACGUGAACAUGCAGGUGCUGCAGGAGAUGCUGGGAAACAACAAGCAGGACAGCGUGAUCGGCUGGUACAGACAGCGUAGGAACACGGAGCAGUGCAUGACCUUCAGGGAGAAGCUGGUCCAGGAGAAUCUGAGGAGGGAUCUCGUCAACCCUCACUUGAUCUUCUUGCUGCUGACGCCCAGCAGGACCACGUCUGCAGGCUCCACCCACCAGAUAGAGUACUCCGCCUUCAUCUCCGACGUCAGGAGAUUCAAGAAGCUCCCCGUGCUCAUCAACAACCUGGGUCUUCUGGAGCAGCCGGCGUACUGGAAGACCUCAGCUUCAGGCUCUGCUGCAGGUUACCUCAGCAUGAAGAAUCACAGGUCCAACCCCACCUCUCCCAACAGCCUGCUGAAGGAGGUCAACAAUAUGAAUAAGAGUCUGCAGGCCAAGCUGGAGAAACUGUGCCGAGGCGUGGAGGAGAGUGAGCGAGAGGUCGAAACACUGCAGGCAGAAGUUUCUGCUCUCAGGAAGAGAAGGGAGCAGCGAAGGAUGGCAAGGAAAGCUUCAGACGCCCCCAUGCCGCCCGAGCCGCGGAACAACCCGCGCCUGAUGGAGGCCAUCAGAGCUCUGCUGGGAGACGCUCCUCUGCUCCUGACCCAGACGCUAGACCUGCAGUCCUGCCCCAUCCCCGACCCCCACGUCUCCAUGGAAACGCAGGGGAACCUGGACACGGCACGGGAACAACCCCCCUUGAUGGACACGAGCAUUAGCACCUAAAUUUAAAAAAUAGUUCACCUUUGAGGAAAUUUAUACUUUGAAAUUUGUACAAAUAAAGCAGAUUCAUGAUGU